UGUGGUCCCGAGAGCCUACAGUGGCUUCCAGCUUUGCGCCUCGCUCCCGGGAGCGUUCGAACGCCCGCAGCCUGUUUCCCCGGGACGCUUACCCGGCCGUGCGCCCCAGUCUCCCGCAGGCUGUCUGGCCGCCGGGAACGCUCCGGGCAAGCCCGCGACCGCGCGACUCUGUCCGGGGGCCGCUCUCAGCACCCCUUGUUGCAGCCGCGGAGCCGCGGUGGGCAGCAUGCGGGACUACGACGAGGUGACCACCUUCCUGGGCGAGUGGGGGCCCUUCCAGCGCCUCAUCUUCUUCCUGCUCAGCGCCAGCAUCAUCCCCAACGGCUUCAAUGGAAUGUCUGUCGUGUUCCUGGCCGCCGCUCCGGAGCACCGCUGCCGGGUGCCGGACACCGCGAACCUGAGCCGCGCGUGGCGCAACCACAGUAUCCCGCUGCGGCUGCUGGACGGCCGCGAGGUGCCUCACAGCUGCCGGCGCUACCGGCUGGCGGCGAUCGCCAACUUCUCGGCGCUCGGGCUGGAGCCGGGGCGCGAUGUGGACCUGGAGCAGCUGGAGCAGGAGGGCUGCGUGGAUGGCUGGGAGUUCAGCCAGGACAUCUACCUGUCCACCAUCGUGACCGAGUGGAGUCUAGUGUGUGAGGAUGAUUGGAAGACACCCCUCACCUCCUCCCUGUUCUUUGUGGGCGUGCUCCUUGGCUCCUUUGUGUCCGGGCAGCUAUCUGACAGGUUUGGCAGGAAGAGCAUCCUCUUCGCAACCAUGGCUGUGCAGACUGGCUUCAGCUUCCUGCAGAUUUUCUCCAUCAACUGGGAGAUGUUUACUGUGUUAUUUGUCAUCGUUGGCAUGGGCCAGAUCUCCAACUAUGUGGUGGCCUUCAUUCUAGGAACUGAAAUUCUUGGCAAGUCAGUUCGUAUUAUAUUCUCUACGUUAGGAGUGUGCACAUUUUUUGCAGUUGGCUACAUGCUGCUGCCCCUGUUUGCUUACUUCAUCAGAGACUGGCGGAUGCUGCUGCUGGCGCUGACGGUGCCCGGGGUGCUGUGCUUCCCGCUGUGGUGGUUUAUUCCCGAAUCUCCCCGGUGGUUGAUAUCCCGGAGAAGAUUUUCAGAGGCUGAAAGUAUCAUCCAAAAAGCUGCAAAAAUGAACAACAUAGCUGCCCCAAGGGUGAUUUUUGAUCCUAUGGAGCUACAGGAACUAAAACUCCCUGGUCAGCAGAAAGUUCUCAUUCUGGACCUGUUCAGGACUCGGAAUAUUGCCAUAAUAACCAUUAUGUCCUUGCUCCUGUGGAUGCUAACCUCAGUGGGUUACUUUGCUCUGUCUCUCAAUGCUCCUAAUUUACAUGGAGAUGCCUACCUGAACUGUUUCCUUUCUGCCUUGAUUGAGGUUCCCGCUUACAUUACAGCCUGGCUGCUGCUUCGAAGGCUGCCUCGGCGUUACAUCAUCGCCGGCGUACUGUUCUUGGGAGGAGGUGUGCUUCUUUUAAUUCAGUUCGUACCCGCAGAUUACAACUUCUUGUCCAUUGGUCUGGUGAUGUUAGGGAAGUUCGGGAUCACCUCUGCUUUCUCCAUGCUGUAUGUCUUCACCGCAGAGCUUUACCCCACCCCGGUCAGGAACAUGGCCGUGGGGGUCACAUCCAUGGCCUCCAGAGUGGGCAGCAUCAUUGCUCCCUACUUUGUUUACCUCGGUGCUUACAACAGAGUUCUGCCCUACAUUGUCAUGGGUAGCCUGACUGUCUUCAUUGGAAUCAUCACCCUUUUCUUCCCUGAAAGUUUUGGAAUGACUCUACCAGAGACCUUAGAGCAGAUGCAGAAAGUGAAAGGGUUUAUUAUAAAGAAUGCACAUGAACAGCCAAGUGAAGAGGUACAAAGGGUGAGGUCCAGAAGGGUCCAGAGUGCAAGAGCUUCUGUCCCCAUGCAUUUGGGGAACACCACCGUCCUCACACAUGGAUGUGUUCACCAAUUCAGAAGCUCUCCGAACCUCAGUGUUCAGGGGGUUUUAUGGAGGUUUUAUCAUCUUGGCAUGAUCCAUAACUAAUCCAACCUCUAGCCCCUCACCCCUCCUUGGGGGUUGGAAGGUGGAGCUGAAAGUUCCAGGCUUCUAAUCAAGGCCUGAUCUUUCUGGCAACCAGCCUCCAUCCUGAAGUUAUCAAGGGGCCCUCCAGGAGUUGCCUAAUUAGAACAAAACACAAGAUGCUCCUAUGCCCCCUAUCACCCAGGAAAUGACAAAGGAUUUAGGAGCUUUGUGUCAGGAACUUGGGAC